AGCAGCUUUCUCAAAACAGAGACAGCAGCAUCAAUCCAGCAGCAGUGUCGGAGAGAGGGAAGAAGGCAUUGAAGUUCCAUUAAUUACUGCUGCCGUUGGUGCACACAUUGUAACCCCCUUGGCAUGCUAGAUUGUUGCACAGCGGUCUGUCAGAGCAGUAUUAGCAACAGCUGGGCUCUCAGAGUGAGAUGUACUGUGGCUAAACGAGGCAAGACUGGAAAACUACUCAGCUCUGGGUUCCGACAUGCUAGGGAAAGACUACAUGCUGGCUAUCAUCCUAGUCAACUGUGAUGAUAACAUUUGGAAUGACCAGAACCUGGAGCCGGACUCUGAUCUCCCGCCUGGAUGGAGGACUAUCAGUGACAGCACAGGGACAUAUUACUGGCACAUACCCACAGGCACCACCCAGUGGCAGCACCCUGCUUACAGCUCUGAUGGGGACCAAGCUGCAGUGAGUGGGAUCACCACCACUGACCAAAAGAGGUGGAGUUCCAGAGGCAGGCAGAUUGAGAGUCCACUGACCUCAAUAAGUGACAGGAGCUCACAUCCCUGGCAGGAGGAGGAUUAUUUCGGGACCAACAGUGACCCCGACUCCAAGUGUUUUGCGGUGCGCUCGCUGGGCUGGGUGGAGAUCCCAGAGGAAGACCUGACUCCAGGGAAGAGCAGCCUCGCCGUCAAUAACUGUAUCCAGCAGCUGUCCCACAGCAAGUGUGAGGACCGGGACACCAUGGGGGCCUGGGGAGAGGGUCAGGACAUGGUGAUGAUUCUCAAGAAGGACACCCUCAGCCUGGUCGACCCAGUGGACCACAGCCUCAUCCACUGCCAGCCAAUCAUCCAUAUCCGAGUGUGGGGCGUGGGCUGCAACAAUGGCAGAGACAGAGAUUUUGCCUUCGUCGCUAGUGACAAAGACACCUGCAUGCUGAAGUGCCAUGUCUUCCACUGUGACGUCCCUGCAAAGGCCAUCGCCACAGAGCUCCAUGAGAUGUGCUCAAAGAUAAUGGCAGAACGAGCAACAAUGCACUCCUCCAUGCCCCGGUCUCUGACAAUGGAGAGCAUCUCACCUGAAGAUUUACCUCUACAAGUCACUUUCCUGGAUGCAGUGAGACAGAGCGUUCAGAAGUUUCAGGUGCUGUACAUUGGACAACUACCUGUCCCCAGGGCUAUGGGGAUGGAAGUGCUGAACAGAGCAAUUGAGAAUAUCAUGAAUUCAGGAGAUAAAGGUGGAUGGGAGCCCAUGGCACUGCAUGUGUCUGACACCAUCUUGUCACUGUGGAAAGGGGAGGAUGGGGACGACCCAUUUUGGGAAUGCCAGGUGUGCUACCUGACCUUCCUGGGGGUGGGGCAGGACACUCACACAUUUGCUGUGAUUGUGGACAUGGGGCGACAGCGAUUCGAGUGCUGCGUGUUCUGGUGUGAGCCUGACGCUGGCCACAUCUCAGAGGCUGUGCAGGCUGCUUGCAUGGUGCAGUACCAGAAAUGUUUGGUGGCCCAGACCCCUCCGUUGCGGUCCAAGAUUUCUCGCUCCGGGGCCAAAAUUAAGCGAGCCGCCUCCAUGGACACCUCCGCCUUUAAUCCCAGUCGUCGGGGUAACUCCCUUCCCAAAUUCGGGUCGUCCAGCAUGAAGAAAGGGUUGCUGGCCUUCUUUGAGACCUUCAGAAACAAACAGCCAGCAGUGCAGAUGCCCUAGAGAGCUCAGGGUUAUUAAAUGAGGGGAGAAGAACACAGGCUCCCUUUUUAGUUUUUUAAAAGUCCCAAAGUGGAUGGGUAGUUUUAAACAGACAUGAAAUAAUUAACCUGGAAUAGAUUUUCCCUAUUUUAAGGGAUUUGUGAUAUCAGCAAUUAUCACAAUUAUUACAGAUGGUAACAGGCUUUAUAUCACUACACAUGAGGUGCAAUUCUUAACCCUAAGCUACCUUUUCAUACUGUAGAACUUUCUUGCAGCAUCUCUGCAAUACCAGGCCUUGGAAAACAAUGUUUCUAAAGUCAGCAUUUCAGUCGCCAACAAUGUGUUUUAACAUGUUUUUACGGAAAUCGGUAAAGCUGUACAGGAGGUGGCAGUUAACAUGAAUUAGUUCAUUGGAAUUCAAUAUGAAAAAAAAAAAAUCAUUCAAAUGCAGUUGAAAACCCUACUACUUAUUGUAAACUGUUAUUGAAAAGUAAUUUGUGAUUUCAAUAAUGAAUUGCUUGUCUGGCUUAAUAUAGAAAAGUCAUUUAUAGGUAAGAAAAUUGGUGCUGGUUUUUGAAAAUUAGCAAUUCAUGUAGUAUUGAUGUAAUGCUUAUUUACAGGUUUGUCCAGCCUAUACAAAUAUAUUAAGUUGAGUUAUGUAUUUUAUUUAUGUAUUUAUUUUUUACUUUUGUAUAAUUCUAUCAUGUAUCGUAACAGACAUUUUUAAUAGGACAGUUAUAAUUUUCACAGUUUUAGCACCAACUCCAAGAAGUGCUUGAGAGCACAAUUUUGCAUUCAUUCUAUAAUUGUAUCAUUUCUCUAUGGUUUAGGAAAUAAAAUGCACUGUCUGGUUUGUGAAGUCAUAUUCAUCGCAAUUUUUAACAAGGCCCUGACAUUUGUUUUGUAAUAACUGUUGAAUGAUUUAUUACAUAAUAUGACAACAGUCGUUUCAAUUUGCGUCAACAAUUACAAAGUGUGACGGGCUAGUUUUUGAAAAUACAAAUGAACAGAGCAAAUGUAGAGAAAUAUUUAUAUCAAUUAUGUGUAAAUAAAAACCAUAUAUAGCCUUGGCAAUUUGGCCCAGGUUUUUAUUUCAGUAAUUAAGAAAAAAAAAAUAUAUAUAAAAAAAAAA